GUGAAAGCUAUGGCUCGACGGAUGAUAAAGGAAAGAGGCGUGGAAAAUGUGAAUCUUGAAAUGUUAUACGAUGAGCUGAAACAACCAGCGCGGCGACUGGUUUCCGAAGAUGCGAAGAAGGAGCUGUAUCUGAUUGUAAGAGAUUGGGUCGCUCAGCGAUGUGAUGUGGAAUUAUAA